AUGGCCAGCCCCUUACCUUCGGUGCACUCGAUCGCACUGCCCACGGCGUCGUUCCCGUCCUUGCCCAGCAUGGCGCGCCACAAGAGCAGCUCGCUGGCAGCGUCCUACGCGUCGUACGUCGUGCGCGUCCACACCAGACACGGCAUCAAGACCUUGUCCUUCGACGUGCUGGCCGAGCUCUUCACCUGCACGGCCAAGAAAGCCGCCGAGGACCUCGGCAUCAGCAGCCGCACGCUCAUCCGCGUCUGCCGCUCGCUCGGCAUCCGGCGCUGGCCCUACCUGGGCUUCCGCAGCGAGAAGAACGUCGAGCGGAUCCGCCAGGAAGCCAUGGAGAACCUGCGACGCAAGCUCGAGAAGGAGGGCGAGUCGCUGCCUACUGCGGUGCUGCACCCCAACGCGUCCAGUCUCCGCGGCGCCAGCGCCAAGCGUCUGCUGCAGGUGAAGAUGCCGCAGAUCGGUCUGCAGUCGAUUGCAACACACUCCAAGCUGUCGGCGGUGCGGUCCGGAUCCUGGUGCUCGUCCCCCACGCUCUCGAACGCCACCACGACCAUCUCCGACGACGACGAACGUAUGUCCGACGUCGAUGAAAAUGACUUCAUGACACACGCAGCGCCGAUGGCAGCGCAAUCGACGGCCGCGAUCCCGCCUCCGUUCUCUCCGGCAGCGCCGCUCAUGACGCCCCCGUCUACCAUGCACAGCUUUAACCUCGACCUGCAGCGCGUGAGCCCCAACAAAGAGACCAGCUUUGCCUUCUCGACGAACGCGCGCCUCAAAACCUGCGACUCCGUACCGUCAGCGUCAGCGCCACCCAUGCCAUCAUUGAACCUGCUUGUCGACGCCUCCCUCCUCACAGCCUUCAAGCGUGACAUGACGUCGCAACUCACGCCAACUCAGGAGGUCCAGCGCAGCACUCGCACCAUGUCGAUGCAGGACAUCUUGACGCUGCGGCAAUAA